AUGGAGGCUAUAGCAAAACACGAUUUCACUGCAACUGCUGAUGAUGAGCUCAGCUUUAGGAAGAAUCAAGUCCUCAAGAUACUAAACAUGGAGGACGAUAUGAACUGGUACAGGGCUGAAUUAGACGGCAAAGAAGGACUUAUUCCUAGUAAUUAUAUUCAAAUGAAAAGUCACAGCUGGUAUUAUGGAAGGAUCACAAGAGCGGAUGCAGAGAAACUUCUAGCAAAUAAACCAGAGGGUGGUUUUUUGAUAAGAAUCAGUGAAUCGAGCCCUGGUGACUUCUCCUUAUCUGUCAAAUGUCCGGAUGGCGUGCAACAUUUCAAAGUUCUUCGGGACGCGUCAAGCAAAUUCUUCCUGUGGGUGGUGAAAUUCAAUUCACUCAACGAACUCGUGGACUACCACCGUAAUGCGUCAGUAAGCCGCCUGCAAGAUGUCAAGCUCAGAGACGUAGUUCCUGAAGAGAUGCUGGUGCAAGCGCUGUACGACUUCACUCCGCAGGAGGCCGGCGAGCUGGAGUUCAGGCGUGGUGACGUCAUCACGGUCACUGACCGCUCCGAUCAGCAUUGGUGGCAGGGCGAGAUAGCGCACCGGCGCGGGCUGUUCCCGGCCUCGUACGUGACGGCGUACCACCAGUCAUAG